ACUCCCCCAGGGCCCAAGAGCUGGGGCAGGUAGGGGCGUGGCCUUGGGCCCCGCCUCUCCUGCCUGCUCGGCCUGGGGCUUCUUAAGCACACCGGACGCGGCAGCUGCGCCACCGCCGGGUCUCAGGGUCAUGGAUCUCAGUCCCACCUCGACACCCCACGAGCCUGCCCCGUCUGCCGCUUGACUGGAAGCCCAGGUGCUCAUGAUGGGUCAGUGCUACUACAAUGAGACCAUCAGCUUUUUCUAUAAUAACAGUGGCAAGGAGCUCAGCCUUCAUUGGCGCCCCAAGGAUGUGGUAGUGGUGGCUCUGGGGCUGACAGUCAGUGUACUGGUGUUGCUCACCAAUCUGCUGGUUAUUGCGGCCAUUGCCUCCAACCGGCGCUUCCACCAGCCCAUAUACUACCUGCUUGGCAACUUGGCUGCUGCUGACCUCUUCGCCGGCAUGGCCUACCUCUUCCUCAUGUUCCAUACUGGCCCACGAACUGCCCGGCUCUCCAUCAGAGGCUGGUUCCUGCGACAGGGUCUGCUGGACACCAGCUUGACGGCAUCAGUGGCCACACUGCUGGCCAUCGCUGUAGAACGGCACCGUAGUGUGAUGGCCGUUCAGCUACACAGCCGCCUACCCCGGGCCCGUGUGGUCACACUUAUCGUGGGUGUGUGGGUGGCUGCACUGGGCCUGGGGUUGCUACCUGCACACUUCUGGCACUGCCUCUGUGACUUGGAUAGUUGUUCACGAAUGGUGCCCCUGUUCAGCCGCUCUUACCUGGCUGUGUGGGCCCUGUCCAGCCUUCUGGUCUUCCUGCUUAUGGUAGCUGUCUACACACGCAUUUUCUUCUAUGUGCGUAGACGGGUAGAGCGCAUGGCAGAGCAUGUCAGCUGCCAUCCCCGCUACCGAGAGACGACGCUCAGCCUAGUCAAGACUGUUGUCAUCAUCCUGGGGGCAUUUGUGGUGUGCUGGACGCCAGGCCAAGUGGUGCUACUCCUGGACGGUCUGGACUGUAAAUCCUGCAAUGUCUUGGUUGUGGAGAAGUACUUCCUGCUCCUGGCUGAGGCCAACUCACUGGUCAACGCAGUGGUGUACUCCUGCCGAGAUGCUGAGAUGCGCCGGACCUUUCGCCGCCUCCUCUGCUGCGUGUUCCUCCACUGGUCCAACCACAAAUCUUCCCGAUACUCAUCUUCUGCCCAGACGGGUGCCAGCACCCGGAUCAUGCUUCCCGAGAACGGCUGCCCACCGAUGGACUCCACCCUUUAGCUUCCUUGGACUGAGGCAGAAGAUGGGGCAGCAAAAGUAUCAGCCUCUAGCAGUUUCCCUGACUCAGUCCAGCCCAGCAGAUGCAUGGCUUUCAAUACUCCCCAGGCCACAGAUCUGCCUGCCUCAGAACACAGGGAUUUGGGGUCAUCUCUGUGCACCUGGGAGAUCAUCCAAAGGGGCAUGGCAGUCUGGCUCUCAAACAUCUCAGGUUUUACUUAUUUUUGUUUUAAACACGUUUUGUAUUUUUUCUGUAUAUCUCUGAUAUGUCCUGUGGACGGUUUCUUCCUACAUGGUGUGUCGGUGUUCAGGGUAGAAGAGGCGAGAGCUGUCCUAGGUUACACCACCCACUGAUGCAGGCUAGACUAUAGGUAUGCUGUCUUUCUGAGGCCAGUUUGUUUUUUGUUUGUUUGUUUUUUUUUUGUUUUUUUGUUGUUUUUUUUUUUUUU